GAUCUGGGGAUGCUGGGGCCAGAAAUGGACCUUAGAGGAGACCAGUCAUCCAGGUGGUCUAUGGCAGAGCCUCCCGAACACUGGUGCAUCCCCUUCACCUUCACUUCAACCCCCUUGUUCCCUUGAACUCACGCCUCUUCCGGGCAGGGCAUAGAUUAGAGAGUUGCCCCUUCCAGUCUCCAUUCGCUGAUGCCCUUGAGUGAGGGUUUCUAGGCUCCAGGGUCCCAGAGGGCAGAGGCUGGGCCUUGGUCACUGUGGCCCAAACUCCAUAGCCACAUAGCCAGCAAAGCUACACCACCUUUGUGAUCAUUAACCUGGGGCCAGGGACUCUGGGCUGGUGGUCACUGACCCCAGGGGUCGAGGCCAAGCUAUAAUGGGCCCUCUGUUAAUCACCAACUGGACAAACUGGGGCCACGCUGCUCCUGCUGCUCCCGAGGGGCCAGCCCAGCUGCUGGCUCAGGUUCCUUGUCAUUUCCCAAGUCGGCUAAGGAGCAAGUAUCCCUUUAGCAUAUUCUUAGAGCAUUCUUUGUAGACUAUAGUUCUUAAACAAACAAACAAAGCCAAUAACCAUGUCGGAUACAUUCUCGUCACAUUUUAGAUCUUGUGCUUCAAACUGUUUUGUAGCGAGUGUCUCAGGAUGUAAUUUGCUGGCACACACAGUUAACUCACUGAAGUAUACAGUUCUGUGGUUUUUCAAUGGUGUGAACUGGUUGCAUGAUCAUCAUUAUAGUGUAGUAUUAAAAUUUUUUCCAUCAUCCUGAAAGGUUCCUUGUGCCAGUUACAGUGAGUGAUCCAAGCACUUCCUCCAGCCUCAGGCAGCCAUGGCAAUGUCCAGAGUGAAAUCUCUCUCUUCAUCCCUUCCAAGCAGACAGCUUUAACACUUCGGCAUUUACUGACUUUGCAAGGGUUUGUGCAUCAGCUCCACCCUUACAGAAAGGAAGAGGGAGCCACUCUAUACCAUCAUUGUGCAAGUUGCUUCUUGCACCUGGAGGUCUCUCUAUGCCCGCCGAGUGCCUACUAUGUGCCACCAGUCACAGUUGGCUCUAACUGACACCCUCCCCCCAGCUACAUUGUGGUCCUUUGUGUGACAGCUCCAUCACUUACUUCCCCAGCACAUUUUGGGUCCUUUCCAAUUCUCUUCAAACAAUGCUUCAAUGAAUAUCCUUGUCCAUUGCAAGCAAUUUUGUAGGGAAUGCUGUAUUAUGUGCUUUGAAUAUGCACAAUCAAAUUGUUAUCUAGAGAGGUUAAAAUGCUUAUGCCAUCAGGAAUGUUCAUUUGAGCAGUGUGGGCUUUAAUCAGCUCUGAGUUGAGUCUAAGUCAGCCCACUAUGGGCUCCACAGGCCUGAGGGUCGGCUUCCUACACCACGGAGCCCAGAGCACUAAGGCUUCUACAGACACCUGAUAAAUCCUGCGUUUUUAGGAUUACACAAAGGCCCCCGGGCACCCUCCUUCCUCGACAGCUUGCCCUCUAAGUCACCUUGUUAUUCACUGUGCAUGAGCUGUGUUUGUCUGCCCUUUGCCCAUUCCUUCCCUGGGAUGCUGUUCUCAGUCCUGACGGUCCCCUCUGUCCUGUUAGGCUUCACCUAUGUCCACUUAAGUGGGAAGAAAUUGGGGUGGGAGAGGGCAAAAUUCAACCCUAUCCAAUAAGAAAUCAUGUAGUACAGGCUCCAAAGGGAGCUGGGGUGAGUGAGCGUUGCCACCUCCAGACCAGGCUAUCUGAGCAGGCCUGAUCUAACCCUCUGCAACCUCUGUGCCCAGUAGGAGACCGAGACACAGUAUGUAGGAGUCCAACCUAGAUCCCUAACUUCCCAGUGAUGAGCUGAGGAGUGGGGGAGACUCAAAUCCUGGCUCCCCAGGAGAGGAUAGAGAGCCUGAAAUAGAAAAACUACUACAGAAGGAGAUGGAGGUGUCAUCAGCCUAGAGGAGUAGAUAAAAGUGUCACCCCCGGCAGAGGCAAGUGUGUCUGGUCAACAGGCAACAACUUUGUACAACGAAGUGACUAAGGUUUGCCAAAAACCUUUUAAAAAACAAAAAUGUUAUUGAAAGAACAAAAGAAAUGCCAUUUUGAGAAAAGUAGAACCAGAGAUUAAGAGUUCUGCUCUCCUGAUGGGGAACCGGAGCUCUUCCGUGUAGCCCAGAUGUCCAGACCCAGAACUACCUGAGACAGGGGUUGACAAUACUGUAUUAGUUGUCCUCUUCAUGGGAUUGUGCCAGUCCUGAACUCUUCUGCACCGUUUCCCCCUCUGUGAAAUGGGCUCUCUUUAGAGUGUCCACUCUGAAAAGGAUGCUCCAAUGACCCUUUGAGUAGAAAGCGCCACAAACGGUUAGUUCGUGCUAGGUGGUUCUUUUGUUUUGUUUUGUUUUGUUUGUUUAGUUUUUGUUGAACCUGCUAAUAGCACCGAUAAGAGGGGGCUUGCACGGGUCACAGAAAAACCGCUCUCCCCAAGUUAGCUCCUGCUCUAUGUCAGACCAAAUGCCGAUCUUUCCCUUGGAAACUAGGGUCCAAGGGGCGACCGCACCCAUUCGGGUGGGUGUGGGAACCCAGAUGUCUCGGAGAUCCAGGACAGAUCCCCGCCUCCCCCGCGGGCCACAAGGCCCUCCCUGCGGGGCGGUCCCCAGCUAGGGCGGGAUGGGGCGGCCGGCUACUUAAAGGUUGGGGCGACCGCGGGGCCACGGCCGCAGCCUGGGUCCUCACCGUCGCCAUGGCUCCGAACCUCUCGCUGCUCUGCGCGCUGGUCCUGGCGCUGUGCGCACCGUCGCCGUCCCGUGCGGCCACAGGGUUGCGGGGCGCGGCCGGAGUGAGGGCGCCCCAAAGUCGGGCGUCUGAGGCGCGGCCCAGCACCAUGGUGGUGGAGCACCCCGAGUUCCUCAAGGCAGGGAAGGAGCCUGGCCUGCAGAUCUGGCGUGUGGAGAAGUUUGACCUGGUACCUGUGCCCCGCAACCUCUAUGGAGACUUCUUCACGGGUGACGCGUAUCUCAUCCUGAAGACAGUGCAGUUGAGGAAUGGGAAUCUGCAGUAUGACCUCCACUAUUGGCUGGGUAAUGAGUGCAGCCAGGAUGAGAGCGGGGCGGCCGCCAUCUUUACUGUGCAGCUGGAUGACUAUCUGAACGGCCGGGCUGUGCAGCACCGUGAGGUCCAGGGCUUUGAGUCCUCCACCUUCCUCGGCUACUUCAAGUCCGGACUGAAGUACAAGAAAGGAGGCGUGGCAUCUGGAUUCAAGCAUGUGGUACCCAAUGAGGUGGUGGUACAGAGGCUCCUACAGGUCAAAGGACGCCGUGCAGUCCGUGCCACCGAGGUGCCUGUGUCCUGGGACAGCUUCAACAAUGGUGACUGCUUCAUUCUGGACCUGGGAAACGAUAUCUAUCAGUGGUGUGGCUCCAGCAGCAACAGAUUUGAAAGGCUGAAGGCCACACAGGUGUCCAAGGAUAUCCGGGACAACGAGAGGAGUGGCCGUGCCCGAGUACACGUGUCUGAAGAGGGUGGAGAGCCAGAAGCGAUGCUCCAGGUGCUGGGCCCCAAGCCAACCCUGCCUGCAGGUACCGAGGACACAGCCAAGGAGGAUGCGGCCAAUCGAAAGCUGGCCAAGCUCUACAAGGUCUCCAACGGUGCAGGCAGCAUGUCAGUCUCCCUCGUGGCUGAUGAGAACCCAUUCGCCCAGGGCGCCUUGAAAUCUGAGGACUGUUUCAUCCUGGACCAUGGCCGAGAUGGGAAAAUCUUUGUCUGGAAAGGCAAGCAGGCUAACAUGGAGGAGCGGAAGGCUGCCCUCAAAACGGCCUCAGACUUCAUCACCAAGAUGGAAUACCCCAGGCAGACCCAGGUUUCAGUCCUUCCGGAGGGUGGCGAGACCCCGCUGUUCAAGCAGUUCUUUAAGAACUGGCGGGACCCAGACCAGACAGAUGGCCCUGGCCUGGGCUACCUCUCCAGCCACAUUGCCAACGUGGAGCGGGUGCCUUUCGAUGCUGCAACAUUGCACACCUCCACGGCCAUGGCCGCCCAGCAUGGCAUGGACGAUGACGGCACUGGCCAGAAACAGAUCUGGAGAAUCGAAGGCUCCAACAAGGUACCAGUGGACCCUGCCACAUAUGGGCAGUUCUAUGGAGGUGACAGCUACAUCAUUCUGUACAGCUAUCGCCAUGGUGGCCGCCAGGGACAGAUCAUCUACAACUGGCAGGGUGCCCAGUCUACCCAGGAUGAGGUCGCUGCGUCCGCCAUCCUGACUGCCCAGCUGGAUGAGGAGCUGGGAGGAACGCCUGUCCAGAGCCGAGUGGUCCAAGGCAAGGAGCCUGCACACCUCAUGAGCUUGUUUGGUGGGAAGCCUAUGAUAAUCUACAAGGGUGGCACCUCCCGAGAUGGUGGGCAGACAACCCCUGCCAGUACCCGCCUCUUCCAAGUCCGAGCCAGCAGCUCUGGAGCCACCAGGGCUGUGGAGGUGAUGCCGAAGGCUGGUGCUCUGAACUCCAACGAUGCCUUUGUGCUGAAAACCCCCUCAGCUGCCUACCUGUGGGUGGGUGCAGGAGCCAGUGAGGCCGAGAAGACCGGGGCCCAGGAGCUGCUGAGGGUGCUGAGAGCCCAGCCCGUGCAGGUGGAGGAAGGCAGCGAGCCAGGUGGCUUCUGGGAGGCUCUGGGUGGGAAGACUGUCUACCGCACAUCCCCAAGGCUGAAGGACAAAAAGAUGGAUGCCCAUCCUCCUCGCCUGUUUGCCUGCUCCAACAGGAUCGGGCGCUUUGUGAUCGAAGAGGUUCCCGGAGAGCUUAUGCAGGAAGACCUGGCUACUGAUGACGUCAUGCUCCUGGACACCUGGGACCAGGUCUUUGUCUGGGUUGGAAAGGACUCACAGGAAGAGGAAAAGACAGAAGCCUUGACUUCUGCUAAGCGGUAUAUCGAGACGGACCCAGCUAAUCGGGACAGGCGGACCCCCAUCACUGUCGUGAGGCAGGGCUUUGAGCCUCCAUCCUUUGUGGGCUGGUUCCUCGGCUGGGAUGACAACUACUGGUCGGUGGAUCCAUUGGACAGGGCCCUGGCUGAGCUGUCUGCCUGAGUCAGGACCAGAGCCACCAAUGUCACCAGUCAGUGCCUUUGAGAAUUGUCCGUCUCCCAAAGAGAUCCUGCGGCCAGCCCGAUAACUGUGUGUGUGUGUGUGUGUGUGUGUGUGUGUGUGUGUGUGUGUGUGUGUGUGUUUGUUUUUUUACAGUAGCCAAAACCAGCCCUGGGAAAAUUCAGGGUCUUUUCAAAAUUGCCUCAAGUAUCCGUGCUUUGGGAAUUAAGUUCAAUAAAAGCUUUUUGAAGUGUGUUCUCUC